AUGCCAGAGAGGGUGUAUGGGUUCCAGGGGCAGAGUUUCCACAAGCUGAAGAGGGCGUGUCUGCGGCGGGGCAAGCUCUUCCAGGACCCCCUCUUCCCCCCCUCUGCACUGUCACUCUUCUACAAACGAGACCCGCCCCCUGGACUCACAUGGAAGAGACCACGGGAGCUGUGUAAGGACCCUCGUCUCUUUGUGGACGGCAUCAGCACGCGGGAUCUGCACCAAGGCAGUCUGGGUAACUGCUGGAUGGUGGCGGCAACUUCCUGUCUGGCCUCAGAACCCUCACUUUGGAAGAAGGUGAUUCCUGACCACGCGGAGCAGGAGUGGAACCUCAAGCGUCCCGACCUGUACGCCGGAAUCUUCCACUUCCGCUUCUGGCGGCUGGGGCACUGGACAGACGUGGUGGUGGAUGACCGCCUGCCGGUCAGUGAGGACGGAACGCUGCUCUUCUGCCGCUCAGCCACGCCACGGGAGUUCUGGAGCGCCCUGCUGGAGAAGGCCUACGCCAAGUUGAACGGCUGCUAUGAGGCGUUGGAAGGCGGUAACACGGCAGAGGCCCUGAUCGACUUCACAGGGGGUGUGUCAGAGCCCCUAAGCCUGGACAGGGAGGCCCUCACCCUUCACCUCAAUCAGAGGAAGGCACUGUUCCAGACCCUGGCCAAGGCUCAUGGACGCAGAGCCCUCAUCACCUGCUCCAUACGGCCAGCGGAGGGGGAGACAGUAGAGUCAGUACUAGACUGUGGUCUGGUGCGGGGCCAUGCCUACGGUAUCACCGCGGUGAGGAAAGUGCGUCUGGCGGAGUGGUCGCUGCUGGGUGGCUGUGGUGUUCGCCUCUGCAUGGUGCGCAUGAGGAACCCAUGGGGUACAGCCGACUGGACCGGGCCCUGGAGUCAGGGGUCUCAACAUUGGCAGCGGGUUGGUCGUGGUGAAAGGGAGAAGAUGGGCCUCAUAGUCAGAGAUGUGGGGGAGUUCUGGAUGGAGUUUGAGGACUUCUGCCGCUACUUCACAGACGUGGUGGUGUGUCGUCUGGUAGAACGAUCCCUGCUGUGGCCCAGAACUCACUGGAGAGAAGUACGCUGCCCUGGGGAGUGGGCUCCAGCCCCUAACACCCCCGGCACCCUCCGCUCCAGGCGCCAGGCACCCAACCUGGGGAAGAAUGCUGCCAAGCCUGGGGGGUUGAACCAGACUCAGAGAGGGGACCGGAAAGAGGCAAGACUGGGGGAGAGACAGAGGGGUGGAGGGGGAGGAGGAGGUCGAGCUGUUCGUGGUGGAGCGAGGGAAAAAAUGGUUGUUGCGAAACAAGGGGAGAAGAAGACGAAGAGGAAGGAGGAGGGGGUGAAGAAGGAGGGAGAGGUGGAUGGAGGAUGGGAUGAACAGACUGAUAAGAAGAGUAGGUGUGGAGGAUGCAUCAACCAUAAAGACACUUUUCUACACAAUCCCCAGUUUAUGUUUGAGGUGCAGGGAAAGGAGGAUGAGGUGUUGAUCUGUCUGCAGCAGGAGGACAGGAGGAUAAAGAGGAAGGAUGGAGGAGGAGAGAAUCUGCCCAUCGGCUUCGAGGUGCUGAGGGUGGAGGUGAACCGGCUAAGCCGUGUGCAGUGUGUGGUGGAGCAGGCAGCGAGCUCUGUGUACAUGGACUCCCGUAGUGUGGCCCUGCGAGUGUCCCUGGGCCCCGGCCGCUACGCCCUCCUGCCCACCACCUUCCAGCCCGGGGCCACCGGACGCUUCCUGAUACGCCUCUUCUCACAUUCCCACCUCAGACUCAGUGAGUUGAGAGAGGAGUUGCCUGCUCCCUCACUGUGGCAGUGUUGUCUUCCCCAGCCCAGUAUAGUAACCACCGUACACCUACGUCGAGCAUCUGGACUCAGCCAGCCUAAACAGACAGCACCAGAUGUGUAUGCGGUGAUCUGGUGUGAGGACGACACCAUAAGAACACGUGUGUUCAAGGAGGAUGGAAACCCAGAGUUCAACAUCAGGGCCAUUUUCUACAGGAGAAACCCAGACGCACAUAUUAGCAUUGAGUUGUGGAGCUAUGGUCUACUGUGGGACACCCUACUGGGCGGGGCUCGGCUCCAGACUAGCGACAGUGAGAAGGGGCGGAGCCGAGUGAUUGACCUGCAGGGUGGCCAAUCACGGUCAGGAUCCAGGGGCUGUAUCUAUGUGGAAACCUCAUCCAGCGAAUGCCUAACAGACUUAUAACUGACAGUUGUGGCUUGUACCACCCAUGAUGCA